AUGAUCAUGAAUUCUCGGGCCUCCACAUCUUCCUUCACCGCACUGCCCUUCCCCUUAGCCUCUCCUGGACCCCCACACCAAAUACCAUUGGGGCAGCACCCGCUGCCCAUUAUAACUGCAUUAUGCCCUCCUGGCAUCCCUCUGGGGCUCUCAUCUUUCCCCAAAACAUUGCUGAUGACAAGAGUUGAGGACUGUGGUGGAGCUGGGACUGGUAAGGUCAUUAUGCAAGUCAGCACAAAAGGAAGAUCAGCAGAGCUCCCUGGAACUCAGACUUCUGUCAUGCCACUUGCCCCACUCAAUUGGAGUGCUGCAGGGAUUCCCAGUGGGGCUGUUGAGCAUGCUCCACAACUAUUUGGGGCAGUAUCUACUGUGGAGCAAAUGAUCCCUGCCACUCCUAUUGUUGGCACUCAGGCUUGUAGGGGAGGUUGGUCCCCACCACAAGCUGCCCAGCUAGACUACAUUUUCACCCAAGUGAAGGAACAGUCAGGGCCACAUAGGUCUUCUGGGGAGGAAGGCCAGGCCACUAUCCAAUCCAGGCCCUCGCUGGAUGACUCCUCCUGUAACCCCAAGAGCGUUUAUGAGAACUACCGACGGUGGCAACGCUUCAAGUCCCUGGCCCGGAGGUAUCAUCCCCAAAGUCCUGAUACAGAAGCUCUUUCCUGCUUUCUCAUCCCAGUAUUGAGAUCACUAGCCCGAAUGAAACCCUCCAUGACCCUGGAGGAAGGACUGUGGUGGUCUGUGCAGGAAUGGCAGCACAAAAGCAACUUUGACCGGAUGAUCUUCUACGAGAUGGCAGGAAAGUUCAUGGAGUUUGAGUUAGAGGAGGAGAUGCAGAUUCAGAAGCUGCAGCAGGGAAAUGGGUCCCCAUGCGUGCCACCUCCAGCUUCUCAGAACCUUGAUCGGCAUGAGCUUUCAGGCACUGUAGUCACCUGUCACCCAGUGCUCACUCUGAAGAAAGGAGAUGUCAAGCCACAGCUCUCCAACCAGCAGCCACACAGACCCCAGUGCCCACAGAGGCUCAAGGCACACAGGCAGAUCCCUCCUGAAGCUGUGAAUGAGUAUCUUGACAUAAUGGAAAGGCUGCAGGGACCUACCCAUUCCAUCACUGAAGAACAAGAUGGAAAAUGGGAAGAAGAAGAAAAUAAGCAGCAGCAGGAAGAGAAUGCACUAUACCCUGACUCAGGACUCCUAGGCUACAUUGAAAAGCUGUGUUCGCAGGAAGCAUUUGUCACUAAGGUAGAAGCAGUUAUUCACCCUCAAUUCCUGGAAACAUUACUGUCACCAGAACCACAGGUGGAUCUUUUGUCCUUAACUCAGGAGCUGGAGCAAGAGGAAGGACUCCCUCUCACCCAGCUGGUAGAGAAACGAGUAGUGGAGUUGAAAGGCAAAGAGGGUGUGGAGGCACUCCCAAGCUAUGAUGUGCCCCAACUGGAGCCAAUUUCUAAGGCUUCUGAGACCAGUCAAGAUUCAGGGAGCAGAGACAACCAUGGCCUACAACUAGAGAUCAGCAAGGAAAUGGGCACAAAAAAGUUGACUGCACAUGGCCUGCCAAAAGAUGGUACAGGAGACAGUAAUCUGUACAAGUCAAAAGAACUUGGUCUCUUUACAUGCAGUCAAAAGUCACACAAAGUUAAGUCUGCACAAUUAACCUCUCCUCACCAAGGCCAUAGUCGUACUUCCCCUAGACUGAGAACCAGAUAUGACUUAAUGUUUAUUGAAACCUCUCCUGUUCAUGAAACACCUGGGAAAAGAGAUGUGUCCAAUGAGGAAGAGGACACAGAGGAGGAACUCCCCAACCUUGCCUUCCUCUUGGCAUCUCAACAAAGCCUACUGCCCUGGGGUUUCCCCAAGAGUCCUCCACAUGCCUCAGGCAUUGUCCACCAUGGAGUUCAGGGCUGCUGGCAAGCUUCCCAGUACCUAUCUCCUGAGACAGUGUGUCUUAGCCAGCCUGCAUAUACAACUACUGAGUCUAAGAUGCCAACUCAAGUUGGAGCCCCAUCUUCUGCUAAAAAGAGGCCCUAUUCACGGACUGCUCCCGGAGUCUCUCAGAAGCUACCCUUAGCUGUGGAUGGGGUCCAACCAAAGAAGCGUCAUUUUAGCCACUAA